UAGUCUCUGGGAAAAGACUGCGACCGCAUAAUAUUAUAUUCAUAAAUAAUAAUAUGGACUCCAAAAAUAGACCAAAACGGAACCCUUUUUGCGAAAUCAAUUAUUAUGGUAAAUGUUCGUACUGUAAUUAGUUAUUACUUUCUACAGUCUACCUCUACUACACGCAACGAACCGGAGGUAACUGCUGUUUCGAGAUCUGGACGUAUUAUAAAAAAGUCUUCCAAGUUACUUGGUUUUGAAUCUUCGGACUUACCAGAAGAAAAAGAAAAAACUCCUAAGUCGUCCAAACAAAGUUCAAAAAAACAAUCGUCCAACCACGAGCCACUUGAUCAAUUUAAUGAAGACGAUAACAGUAUGGAAUUUUUAGAAGACCAACAACACACCGAUAGUGGCGAAUGGACAGUUGACAUGAAGGAUUGUGAUGACACUGAACCCAGCGGCACUUCUGUUUCGGUAGGAGAACACAAUCAAUUUAUGUAUGCUCUCAAAAAUUUAAACAUGAAAGAGCCAGGGUUUGUGGCAUAUGCAUUGUGGGCUAAAGAAGUCCGCAAGACUUUGAUGAAUGCUUAUCCAAACUUUAGUACAUCACAAAUUAAUCAACAGCUCAGGGACAUGUGGAAAUCUGUACCAACUGAAGAUAAAAGUCGAUGGGUACGCAAAGCCAAGAGAUUAUUAGAACGUGAAGGAUUGACUGACAGCAGUACAAAUGACGCAAAAAUUACAGUAAAAAAACCAAGCGCCGAAAUUAUUGAUACUUCAAUAGAUACUAUCAAUGAAAAUAAACCAAAAUUAGAAGCUUUAAGAUCAACACAACCUAUUGAUGUGGCUGCUCAUUUGGCUUUGCUUGGCGAAUCGUUGGGAAUAAUUGGCCAAAGACUAAAAGAACAUCAGGGUCAGAUAGCUGUAAAUGGAAGUGUAUCGGUCCUUCUAGAUUCUUUGUUAUGUGCCUUGGGACCUUUACUUUGCCUUACCCAACAAGUGACCGAAAUUAAUGUGAACUCCCAAGAAACAAUGUCGAGGUUAAUGGACGAUAUAGCGUAUAUAAUGCCAGGAUUAUAAAAUUAAUUAAACUUAUUAUUGAAUUUUCCUGUAUGUACAUAAUUUUUACCAAUUUAUGAUAAGAAAUAAAUGUUUAGAAUGUAAUAGCUAAUAGAAAUCAUUGUACAAAAUAUGUAUAUUUGUGUAACAUUUAAAGCUUUUUUUAUCACAGAACAAAACAUUUAUUUAUUUUUGUAUUAUUAUUUUUAAACUACUGAAUAAAACAAAUCUAAAAAAAAAUCAUGUUAGUAUUCUUAUUUUCCUAUUGUUAAUUAAAUUUUUCGCUAAAUCUACUAAGAAGUAAGAACUACAUAUUUUAAUAUACAGUAGUCGCCGCUUAUUGGACUCACUUUGGGACCCUACAAUUUGAGUCAAUUAACCGAAUGAGUCAAUAAGGCGAAUGACUCAAAAACCUAACCUAACCUAACCGUGCGAAUCUGGACCAACCGUUUUGAGUCUAAUAUGCGAAUGAGUCAAUUAACCGUGAGUCCAAUAAGCGGCGACCACUGUAGUACAGGGUAUAUAAUAUGGUUUGAUAAUUAUCAAGCAUUUAGGAAUAAUAUGAGGACAUGGGAUGUACUUUUAAAAGAUUUAAUACAGUUCAAAAUGCAAAAAACAACUAUAUUUUUUUUUCAUUAUUUUGUUAUCUUACAAAUAAACUUUAACACGCUUUUAAAUUAAUUUAUUCUAAACUCAACUAAAAGCAUAAUAACACAUCAUAAUAGUAUUUAUAAUUUAGUUACUUAACAAGUGAUUAUGAUGUUAUGAUCAAUUAUGUCACUGCAAAAGUGAACCAUUGGCAUUAAUUAUAUUUUUAUAUUUACAUACACAUAGGUUUGUACAAAUAAAUUACAAUUUCAAAAUAAAUGCGAAUGGUGUGAUAUUAUACUAUUUGUUUUGAACAUAAUUGUAACAAUCUACUAAUUGAGUAGUCAAAUAAAUCAAUUUAUAUAAAACCUCCAUUUUUAAAGGAUGGAACAAUACAUAAAUUAUAUUAUGUAUUUGAAAAUGUAUUAUUCUUAUAGUAUACAGAAAGUAAUUUAAUAGUAUUAAUAGUAUAAUAUGGUAGUUAGUACAA